GCUGGGCUGAGCCGGGGUCUGCGUCUGCUCUUGCUCCCUGUACGCCGCGAACCCCUCGAAGCCAGGCGGCGGCCGUCGCGCGGGACCUCGUCGCGCCCGGCAGUCCUCGUCCCCGUGACCCCCCUGGGCUGGGCCGCCGCUCGCCUUCCGGACCAUGCUACGCUGGCUGCGGGGCUUCGUGCUGCCCGCGGCGGCCUGCCAGGACGCGGAGCCGCGGACGCGCUACGAGACCCUCUUCCAGAGGCUGGACCACAACAAGGACGGCGUGGUGGACAUCCGCGAGCUUCAGGAGGGGCUCAAGAGCCUGGGCAUCCCGCUGGGCCAGGACGCCGAGGAGAAAAUCUUUACAACUGGUGAUAUCAACAAAGAUGGGAAGCUCGAUUUUGAAGAAUUUAUGAAGUAUCUUAAAGACCAUGAGAAAAAAAUGAAAUUGGCAUUUAAGAGUUUGGACAAAAAUAACGAUGGUGUAAUUGAGGCUUCCGAAAUUGUCCAGUCUCUCCAGAUACUAGGUCUAACUAUUUCUGAACAGCAAGCAGAGUUGAUCCUUCAAAGUAUUGAUGCUGAUGGAACAAUGACAAUAGACUGGAAUGAAUGGAGGGACUAUUUCUUAUUUAAUCCUGUUACAGACAUUGAGGAAAUUAUCCGUUUCUGGAAACAUUCUACUGGUAUUGACAUAGGAGAUAGUUUAACUAUUCCGGACGAAUUCACAGAAGAUGAGAAGAAGUCUGGACAGUGGUGGAGGCAACUGUUGGCAGGGGGUAUCGCGGGUGCCAUUUCUCGAACGAGCACUGCCCCUUUGGACCGUCUGAAAGUCAUGAUGCAGGUCCACGGUUCAAAAUCAGGCAAAAUGAACAUAUAUGAUGGCUUUCGACAGAUGGUGAAAGAAGGAGGUAUCCGCUCCCUUUGGAGAGGAAAUGGUACAAAUGUCAUUAAAAUUGCUCCCGAGACAGCUAUUAAGUUCUGGGCAUAUGAACAGUACAAGAAAUUGCUUACUGAGGAAGGACAAAAAGUAGGAACCUUUGAGAGAUUUAUCUCUGGUUCACUGGCCGGAGCAACCGCACAGACUAUUAUUUACCCCAUGGAGGUUAUGAAAACCAGGCUGGCUGUAGGCAAAACAGGACAAUAUUCUGGAAUAUUCGAUUGUGCCAAGAAGAUUUUGAAACACGAAGGCAUGGGAGCUUUUUACAAAGGUUAUAUUCCCAACUUAUUAGGCAUCAUACCUUACGCAGGUAUAGAUCUUGCUGUGUAUGAGCUCUUGAAGUCCCAUUGGCUGGAUAAUUAUGCCAAAGACUCUGUAAACCCCGGAGUUGUAGUGCUGCUGGGGUGUGGUGCCUUAUCCAGCACCUGUGGCCAGCUGGCCAGCUACCCCUUGGCUUUGGUGAGAACACGCAUGCAGGCUCAAGCCAUGAUAGAAGGAAACAAACAGAUGAACAUGGUUGGCCUCUUUCGACGGAUAGUUUCUAAAGAAGGAAUCCCAGGACUUUACAGAGGCAUCACUCCAAACUUCAUGAAGGUGCUCCCUGCUGUGGGCAUCAGUUAUGUGGUUUAUGAAAAUAUGAAGCAAACUUUAGGAGUAUCCCAGAAAUGACAUGUUGAAUUUUUUGCUUUAGCAUGAUUAUUGAAAUUUUCAACAAUCUCUGGAGUGACUUUUUCUCCUAGAAUUACAAGUGUAUAGCAAAAGAAGGCCUUUAUUUCUCACCAAAAAAAGGAAGAGCAUAUCAAUGAUUAUUUCAAACAUUUGGGCUCAAUUUUAUAUAUAUAUAGAAAU